AUGGAUGUUGAUGCAUCCCUUCACGAUGUUUCUGCAUAUUCUUCAUUAACUUUUGAGUGUUUUCGUUCCCAACGUUGUUUUGAAGUUAGAGGUUGUUUUAGAGGGUUUCUGUGUUUCUACAAUGGCACAUACAUCUAUCUAUUGAAUCCAUCCACCGGUUUGAUCAAACAAAUACCCGAUUCUCCUAUAAUACUUAAUGAACUUCUUUCUGGUUUUGUAUAUUACCAGCCCACUGAUGAUUACUUGAUAGUUUCCGGGUUCAGCGAAUAUGACACGCCGGUAACUAGUCCAAUUAAAUUGAUGAUUUUCUCAUUGAGAGCUGAUAAGUGGAAACCAAUUGAGGUUGCUUCUCAUUUGCCUUAUAGGGAGACUUCUGUAUCGGAAUUUACCCCUAAAUGCGGAUUGUUCUUGAAUGGAUCUAUCCAUUGGAUGGUUCAUAAUUAUGAGACCUCAAAGAAUGUUAUUAUUGCGUUUGAUUUAAAGGAAAUCACGAUAUCAGAGAUAGCUCUGCCAUAUGAUUUUAUUUUCAGUUAUAGUAAUAAUUAUUCUAUAUAUUAUGUGUUGUGA